AUGCCUAAAGAAAAAAGCGUCAAUCCUGCGCAAGCUCAGCGUAAAGCCGACAAGGCAAAAGCAAUAAAAAAAGGCAAAACAGAAGCCCAAGGCCGACGCAACGAGAAGCUUGCCCGGCGCAACCCCGAUCGCCUUCAAAAACAACUCGAUGAACUCCACGCCAUCGAGACCAGUGGGGGAAAACUCACCUCGCACGAAAAGAGUGUACUGGAAGGCCUGGAGAAAGACAUCAAAGCUGUGAAGCGAGCGCGCGAGACCUUGGGUGAUGCGGCGCCGAAGUUUAGCUCUGGUCCCAGAGGUGAUAGGGAAGGGCGAGGAGGGUUUGGCGGUAGAGGUGGUGGUGUGCUGGGAAAGCGGAGGAGGGAUGAGGGGGAGAGUAGUGAAGAGGAAGUGCCUGAAGAUGUGAAGGCUAUUCCUAUGCCGAGGGAUACGCCCCCACCGAUUCCGAAGGAGGUGUUGGAUAAGUGGUAUCGGAAGCGGAGGGAAAAGAUGGGUCAUAACAAUAAUGAUGAGGGAGCGAGGGCAAGGGGCACGAAUGCCAAUAAUACGCCAUUGGGCGACAAUGCGCGAGUUCCAAAUAGAGAACGGACGAGUAUUGUGAACACGCCUGUGAUGGAGGCAAAGACUACCUAUGAAGCUAAGCCUAUAGUGAGGGAUUUGAGGAAGGAGGCUGUGAGCUUUGUUCCAGCUGCUGUGAGGGCGAAAUUGGAUAAGUCUAAGGGGGUUGGUGGCUUGGUCGAGCCGGAGGAAGCUGACAGGCUGGAAAAGGCGGGAUAUAUGAAAGCUCGAGGCUUAGGGGGAAGAAAUGGGAGUGCUGAAAUUGAGAGAGCCAGCGAAGGACGGUCGUUGCCGCCACAAUCGCGAGAAGUUAUGAUGGAGGAGGUUGAAGACGAGGAUGGUUGA